AUGUCCACCUGCUCAUCUGUCUCUUUGUCUGUCUGCCCGGAUGUCCUGGAUACGCAGAGUUCUUCUAAGUCAAGCCUUUGUCCAUUGAUGGAGCUUGAAGCGAGCUCUUCGAGUCGUCCCCAAAAAUGUAAUGUCUGUGAUGAUACUGGGAAUGGAAUGCAUUUUGGUGCGUUCACUUGCAGAGCAUGUGCUGCUUUUUUUCGACGCGCAGCCGCCCGAAAAUCGGAAUCUACCACCAAAAAAUGCCAAAACCAUAUGAAAUUCGCCCUAAAAUGCCGGAAUUGCCGACUCCAAAAAUGCUAUGAAGCUGGAAUGAGUUCUGAAAAUUUCCAAUUCUGUCGUGAUCUCAUUGGCGCCAAACCGGUUUCACCGAGAAAGAAUAUUAAUAGGUCUAUUGAACAAUUUGUGGGCCGCCCGUAUUUUGUGUUGAGUUGCAAUCCGGAAGUAUUGGUGUUGAGGAAGGAUGUGAUAGAUUGUGUGCCACUGUUGGAGAAGGCGUCGGGCGUUUUGUCAAUGGGCAGUGAAUCCCCUCUCUUCUCCAAAAAUCGAUUGAUCAAACUGGCUCAAGGUCUCCAACAAUUCCAAGAUGCUCCAUCUGGUCAAGUGAGAUUUGUGGGGAAAAUGGGGAAGAAAGAAGUCCUGUCCUUCUUCGAAACGGACUUUUUGAGAGCCUCCAAGUGGUUUACCUAUUUGGAUGAGUUUCAAUUCUUGGAAAAGGAACAUCAGCUUCUCUUAAUGCAAGGUAUCUGGCAUGUGUGGUCUCGUCUUCAAAAGCUUUCCAUCUCAGCAAUGGGUAGAAGACGUGGGAUUUGUGAUGAGAAUAUGGUGAUGGUUAGCCACCAGAACGAGUUCGCAGUGUGUGAUUUGAAUAAAAUCGAGGUGGAUAUGAGUUGGUGUACCAAUUAUAGCAAUGAGCAGAUGAGAUACUUCCUCGACACCAGUCAUGACAGUUAUAUCUACCAACUAAUGGACGAAAUGAUAUCCAUCAAACCCAAUGACGUGGAGCUAUCCUAUAUGCUGUGCCAAUUGUGUCUACAGUAUGCCGGACAACGAUUUCAAGGAGAGAUUCUAGAAUUCUGUGAGAAAGUGUUGGGUUUUCUGGCUGAUGACUUGCACAGUUACUACGUGAAACAGAUGAAAAUGCACAAUUAUGCAGCGAGGGUGGCCAGGUUGAUGAAGAUUAACAAUAAGAUACGGGAAGCCAUCCUAAGAACCCGCCAACGCCAACAUAUUGCCGACGUCUUCAACGUCUGGACUGUCGAGUUUUCUCAUCCCAACUUUUUUGUUGAUGCAUAG